ACAGAGCAAUGCUCCAACAAAAUCUGUUCUCACAUGAUUGAUCUCAGCUAACCAGUCAAAAUGGAGGGAAGAGACAUCUCAGAUUGUAACUUCGAUGGUGGAUUUAACACAUUAAUUUGUCAAGAGGACUUGAACGUUGAGGAGCAUCAUCCUGACCAAGACAAGCAGCAAGUGUCCAUGUCCAAUAUGAUACCUUCAAAACACUACAAACUGGUUGCAGUGAGCCUGGCGCUACUCGCUGCUGUUUUCCUGAUGAUUGAUAUCGGCCUGGGAGUCCACUAUAACAAACUUACAGAUAACCACCUCACACUUGAUGAUAUGGAGCUAAUCAGCAGCGAGUUGCUCAAACUCCAGGACAGUUACAAGACCGCAAUUGAAACCACGAAGAGUGCCAAGAAGCAGCUGGACAGUGAGAUCAGUCGGCAGAAACCAACCAACUGGGAGUUUGAACACCAGAAAAAAAGAACCGAAGAGUAUGAAGUGCAGUUAGAAAAAACGAAGAAGGACAUUGACGCAAUGGCCCACUACUUACCAAUGAUAAAUGACGGCUGCAAACACUGUCCAGCAGGAUGGAUUCUGAGGAACUCAAUUUGCUAUUACUUCGCUUUCCCUGAGGAUGGGCUGAAAUCAUGGCAAAACGCUAGAGACUACUGCAAGGUGUAUGGAGGUGACCUUGCAAUCAUAGACAGCAUAGACAAAGAGGUAGACUAA